AUGACCUACGUCUACAAUGCGCAGCUCGAUGCGUUCACGCUGUACCACCAGUCGAACGAAGACAGAUCGCGUAAAGAGGUGGCGGGACCUGCACUGCCUGCACUUGGGCACGCGACUUCCGGUGCAGCUGGCACGGCCAUUUCCAAGCUCAUAACCUAUCCUCUGGAACUUGUGAUAACGCGACUGCAAGCACAGAAGCAAUUCCAGACCGAUGGAAGCAAGGCGGACUACGACGGCAUCCUCGAUGCAGCACGAAAGAUCUACGAAAAUGAAGGAGGAAUUGGGGCGUUCUACAACGGUGUUUCGCAGGAGAUCGUCAAGGGAAUGGCGGACAGUUUUCUUUUCUUCCUUGCAUAUUCUUACGUUGGUGAAAAGAGGAGAGCAUCACAAGGAUCACGCAAGCUGUCAGCUGUAGAUGAGAUUGGUGUAGGAGUUGUUGCUGGGGCAUUCGCCAAGUUAUGGACAACGCCGAUACAGAACAUCGUCACGCGGAAGCAGACCGCCGCUCUGGUACACGCACGGGAUCCUAUAUCGUCAAUCUCACCCAAUUUGAGCGCCAAGGACAUAGCUUUACAGAUUCGAGAUGAGAAGGGAUGGCAGGGUUUCUGGUCGGGUUACUCUGCGAGCCUGGUGUUGACGCUGAACCCCUCGAUUACGUUCCUGCUGCACAAGAUGCUACUACGGCUACUUGUAUCGAGAGACAAGCGAUCGGACCCCGGAGCUCGACUCACUUUCCUCAUAGCGGCAGUCAGCAAAGCGCUCGCGUCUACGAUUACAUACCCAUUCUCGCUAGCAAAGACCCGCGCUCAGGUAUCCUCGCAGAAGCCGUCCCAGGCCACAGGCCCUACGUCUGAAACGGAGAAGUCAGACGUUAGCCAGUCACCAGCGGUACAAGCACGCCAACGAACCGUCUUCAGCACUAUUCUCCGCAUCGCUAAGACCGAAGGCUUGUGGGCGCUCUAUCAAGGCCUGGGUGCAGAAGUGUUGAAGGGGUUUUUCUCGCAUGGGAUCACGAUGCUCAUGAAAGAUCAGAUUCACACUGUCAUCAUCAAUCUGUACUACCUCAUUCUGAAGUCACUCAAGCAGUAUCCUAGCCCGGAAGAAAUGGCGAAGUUGGCGUCUGAACAGGCACAGGAUGCAUAUGAGCAAGGCAAACAACAGGCUGGCGAUGCGUAUGCCAAGGGCGUGGUAGUUGCUGAGUCUGCUGCGGGCAAGGUGCAAGAAGUGGUGGUGAUUGGGUCGCAACAGGCAGAGGAGCUGCUCGAGAAAGGGCGAGAGGUGGCGGGCAAUGCUUCGAAACAGGUGCAGGAGAAGCUUAGUGGCGAAAAGUGA